AUGUAUAUGAGAGGUAGAAAUGAGCAGAGAAAUAAAUUGUGUGUCGCUACACUAAUUACCCUCAUACUUUCAACUUUGCAUCCAACAAACGGCGACCCUCCAGCCGGUUGUAAUUGUUAUGUUACUCCAGGAAACGGACCUAACAGUGCUAGUUGUAAUACUGCUGGGUGUAGUGAUGGUAACGAUGAUGGUAAUUGUCUAGGUGGGUAUGUUAUUAAUGGUAAUGGCAACGGUUAUCGUAGUUGUACAUGUCCUGGUUUCAGUGUUCCAACUAUUUCCACUAUUCAAACUCCUAAUAUGACUACUUUAACGUUUACCACUCAAACUAUUACGGUUCCUAACAUUACUACUCCGACGUUUACAACUAUGACAGUUACCACUCAAACAAUUACGAUUUCCAAUAUCACUACUCCAACUUUUACAACUAUGACUGUGACCACUGAAACCAUUACGGUUCCAAAUAUCACUACUCCGACGUUUACAACUGUGAAUGUUACUACUCAAACUAUUACGAUUCCCAACAUUACUACUCCGACGUUUACAACUAUGACAGUUACCACUCAAACAAUUACGAUUUCCAAUAUCACUACUCCGACUUUUACAACUCAGACCGUUACGAUUCCUAACAUUACUACUGCGACGUUCACCACUCAAACCAUUACGAUUUCCAAUAUUACUUUUCCUACUUUUACAGUUCCUGUUGGCUAUUACUCUACUUGUGCUAGUUUAGGUAGUUACAUUGCUACUAAUCCUUUCAAUAUAACUGCUGAUGCUGCCAGUGCUUGUUGUAAUUAUUGUUGUAGCAAUGCUGGUACUACAACUACUGUCUCUUUUGGUAGCACUUCCACAACAGCUACAUCCAGCGCUACUACUACCACUGCUUCUUCUAGUGGCACUUCCACGACAGUUACUUCAAGCGCCACUACUUUCAUUGCCUCUAGUAGCACUUCCGCAACAGUUACUUUCAGCGCUACUACCACCAUUGCUCCUAGUAGCACUUCCACAACUGUUUUUGGUAGUAAUUCUACUACAUCUACCACUAUUGGUAAUUCUACUACAACUACCCCUAUUGGCAAUUCUACUACAAUGGCAUCUAGUAGCAUUUCUAAUAUUAAUCAUCAUGGUGCCCAUGGAAUACUGUUGGUACUACUAUUGUUGUUCUCAAUCAAAAUUUGA